CUUUAUGUAUAGCCUAUAACAUAAAAUGAUCGCUAGAAUAGAGUGUGAUUAUCAUAUUAGCAUUUAGAUUAUUGGAGAAAGUCACAAAGUGCUUCCCUCGCAACGGAAACAGGAAAGGGAAUCCCCGCGUGAUCAGUCACAUGACAAUCAGUGACGUCAUUAAUGCCUGCCAUCAUGUUACACAUAACAGGAGAUUGAACGUAUGUAAUUGCAGAGACUUUCUGGAUUUUUGAACUUGUGCGCCUAAGAAGAGUUGUCAUGGCUGCCAAAGCCAAGCUGCUGAAGGUGGUGUUGCUAGGAGACGGAGGUGUUGGCAAGAGCUCUCUGAUGAAUCGUUUUGUCAGCAAUAAAUUUGAUGCACAGUCAUUCCACACGAUUGGUGUGGAGUUUCUUAAUAAAGAUGUGGAAGUGGACAAUGAACUGUAUAAGAUGCAGAUCUGGGAUACAGCGGGACAGGAACGAUUCAAGUCUCUUCGUACCCCUUUCUACCGAGGGGCGGACUGCUGCCUCCUGACUUUUGCGGUCGAUGACGUGCAAAGUUAUCGUAAUUUAGGCAUGUGGAGGAAGGAGUUUCUGUAUUACGCUGAUAUAAAGGAGGGGGAUAGCUUUCCUUUUGUGAUAAUUGGAAACAAAGUGGAUGUAGAAAAUCGUGUAGUUGGGAGUGAGGAGGCCCAGGAGUGGUGUCAUGCAAAUGGACGCAUGCCUUACUUUGAAACUAGUGCAAAGGAUUCCACCAACGUCAAUGAUGCAUUUCGAGCUGCUGUCAAAAGACUUAAGGAACUGGAAGAUGUGAUUGAUAGCAACACCAAACCAUCACACGGACCAACAGUGGACUUAAAACGGAAAGACAAAUUACAAAGCUCUGGAUGUUGUUGAAAAUUGUUAUUGCUGAUGUAAUCAUAUUUAUAUACAAAGUUGUUUCUGAAAGGCAUACAUGUGGAGCUUUGAAACAGAGUUGGAUGUCAGGGGAGUUGUGACAGAAGAUCAACAAUGGAAUGGCUGAGCUCUACAUUGUAACAGGGACCAUUGUACAUGUACAACCACAGCGACUGUGUUCAGUACCCAAGUUUUACAUGAAGCUGUGUCCAGGACACUGAUCAUGGUCAGUAGUGUUGUUUACACUGCUGUAUCACUAAUCGUUGACAGUGGCGUCAGCACACAAGUGUUUCAUAUUUGCGUGGUAUAUUCUUUCUUUUAAUUCAUUGCUUUUCUUGUGUGUAAUUAUUUUUUCCAGCCAAAUAUGGGUGUUAGAAGUAUGUCUGGUGAGCAGUGAUGUCUGUGUUUGUGAACAUGAUGGCCAGACAAUUGACUUGUUAAUGGGCCCUAAAACAAUACAAAAAUAAAUUUGCCAACAGUUUCAAGCCUAUAACAUGUUGAUUUUGACUCAUACAAGUGUAUACCCCCGAUACAUUUACAGCCAUCAUGCUUCAUACAGCCAAACCAGUUCAAAUAUCAUUACAUAUUUUUGUUGUAGUACAUGUUUUAUGUAUACGAAGACAUUAAGACAAGUAUUGGAAUUUUAUUCAUACAAGAUUUUGCAGAUGAAAUAGCUGUGAUGACAGUUGUUGUAUGUAAUUUUAUAUUACCCAAUCGUGAACAUGCUUUAAAUACAUGCAUGUAUUCAGCUUUAACUUGAGGUUCAUAUGUACAUACCGGUAUACCUUUAGACAGAUAUACCCACUUAACUGAUGUAAUAUUGGGUGCUUUUGUGAUCAUCGAACAUAUUAAAUUAUUACUGUUGUUAUUGAUUUAAUUGUUAGUAGAAUUUUGAGCAUUUAAUAUCCCAAUGCAGUUAUCCUUAAUUAUUGAAUUGUGAUCCUGAAUAUCUCCCGAAUCACAAUGGAAGAAAAGUCAUUGCCAAAAUCUUUUUCAUACAAAGCUGUAUGUUACAUUGACGAAAAUUCACAAAUGGUUUGUGAUUGAUGUGUUUUAUGUCACCAUAGAAAAUACAACCCUUCCACCAAAACAUAGCUGCUCCACCUUUUGGUAAAAACAGUUUGCUUAGAAAAUGUGAUAGUAUGGAAACAGAUAAUGGUCGUUAAUGUUUGAAUGUACAAUUAAGUUCUUAUAAAUGUGUGUGGAGAGAUAUUAUAAGAUCAUGCAAAUAAAUAUUAAACUGUAUUUCACUGUUAGUGGUCUACUUUAUGUUAUUAUGUAUUAUGUAUAUGUAUGUAACUAAAUACAUGUGGCUAAACAGAAAUGGUACGCAGCAAUACAACUAUACUACAAGUAUUGAGAAAGGUAUUCAUGAAAUAUGGUCCAAUUACUAGUUUAAUUAACAAAAACAAACUGUGAGUGUGAAUUAGAGAAGUGAUGCUGCUGUCUGUGUAUCUGUGUAUGUGGAAUGUCAGUGAUGCUUUCUGUGUAUCUGUGUGUGUAUCUGUGUAUAUAU